GAUAAAUGGAAAGAAAGCAUUUCCCCUGAGGUUACUUAUUAUUGUCCUUGUCGAGUUGUCCUCUUAAUUCGACAAGAAGAAAUCACCUAGGACUAGCUACAAGACUGAAUUUGACUAUAAAAUAUUUCUGGCAGCAUUACAACUAGUAUUAUAGUGCAGAAUUACUUGUAUAUCGUACCAUAGAUAGAGCUAGAAGAUGCAGUUGAGAGUAUGACCCAUCGAUGAUUACCCCUUCGGCCGCCUAAACUCCUUUGGCUGUUUCAAAUUGCAGAUCCUUCCGUGGCCUCAAUCCAAUCCCUUUUGUCAUGUCGCCUUCUUCCUAUUAGCUCCGCCGGCACUAUAUGUUUUUAUAUCUUAAUGGCCAUGGAUGAGGAGACACCACUGGUGGUUGAUCAUGUCAACUUAUCAACUCAAAAGAACCCCACCAUCGUCAAUUACAAAAGAGAUGUUCAUAUCCUCAGCUGGGCCUUCCUGUUGAUCUUUUUGGCUUAUGGAGCUGCUCAGAAUUUGGAGAGCACCAUUAAUACUGAGGGAGAUUUGGGGACCAUUUCACUGGGGAUAUUGUACUUGUCAUUUACAUUCUUUUCGGUGAUUGCUUCUGUGGUCGUUGGGAACCUUGGUUCCAAGAACACUCUGAUUCUUGGUACCACUGGCUAUUGGUUGUUCAUAGCUGCCAAUUUGAAGCCUACCUGGUAUACUAUGGUGCCAGCUUCAUUGUACCUUGGAUUUACUGCUUCAAUAAUAUGGGUUGCACAGGGAACAUACCUUACAUCAACUGCACGCGGUCACGCAUUGGAUAAUGACUUGCCUGAAGGAACUGUUAUUGGUAAAUUCAAUGGCGAAUUUUGGGGGAUGUUUGCUAGCCAUCAGUUUGUUGGGAAUCUCAUCACUCUUGCUUUGUUGAGAGGCGGAAAGGGAGGGAGUACCACUAGCACAACUUCACUGUUCAUUGUAUUUCUGUGUAUCAUGACCAUAGGUACCAUCCUUAUGUGCUUCUUAAGUAACAGAAGUGCCACAGAGAAAGAGGAGGAACAAGACUCUUCGGUUAGUUUCUGUUAUUCAGUGGUGUCCUUGUUUAAGGCUGUCCUGGCUCUUUUACUUGACAUAAGAAUUCUCUUAGUCAUCCCUCUCAUCGCGUACUCAGGCUUUCAACAAUCAUUUGUGUGGGCUGCAUUCACAAAGCAUGUGGUUCAACCUACAUUGGGUGAGCGUGGUGUUGGUGGUGUGAUGGCAGUCUAUGGAGUCUUUGAUGCAGUUUGUUCGCUUGCUGCUGGUCAACUUACAUCUGGUCUUUCGACAAUUACCGUAAUAGUUCUUAGUGGGGCUUUCAUUCAGACUAUUGCAUUCCUGUUGCUUUUUGUGCACUAUAGCAUGCUUCAUGGAGUAGUUGGCCUUUUAUAUCCUUUCCUGAUAGCUGCCUUGUUGGGUGUUGGUGAUGGAGUUCUUAAUACACAGCUCAGUGCAUUUCUUGGGAUUAUUUUCAAGCAUAAUCUGGAAGGGGCAUUUGCACAGCUUAAGUUCUGGCAGAGUCUAUCAAUUGCAAUUCUGUUUUUCAUGAGCCCCCACAUUGCACUCCACAUAAUUGUAGUAAUCAUACUUGUCAUACUCUGCUUCUCGGUGGCUGCGUUUCUCUUCCUUAUACUCAAGGUAGAAAGAGCUUUUUCCUUCCGCACUGCUGCUUAAUUUUUUAAGAAGAUGGUUGCGGGCUUGUUGCUGAGGAUAUCAUGUAUCAGCCCCUUUUGAAGUUCAUCUUCCAUCUCUUGGAAAAGUUGCAGAGAGUUGUAGUAGGAUAUGCUUGCUUCUCGGAGUACUUCAGGAUGUGGUUCUACUGUCUGCCAAUCGGGUUGAUUUCAAUCAAGUGAAAAACAGGCGUUUGGGGGGGCGAUACUGGUUAGGAGGAUUCCUAAGUCAUGACUGGUUUUACUUUUAUUUUUUACCAUUUUGGUGAUCAAAUUUCGGCUCCCCACAUAAUUAUGAAAGAAGACGUGGAUAAUAUCCGCAAGAUAAAAUUGGUGUUCUUCUUCUAUGUUUGUAUCUGUAAACUGAAUUUGAAAGACCUCAGAGCGAGGGAGCAGGGGUUGUGUGAGUGGUUGUUUGCUGUAAUCUCUCUCUCUCUCUCCCUCGGUCUCGCUCUUUUCUUUUAACUUCGACUAUCCAUUUUGGUAGUGAAAAGAAAUGUAUUGUGGUUCAUUUUAUGACAUGGGAUU